UCUCAGCUGUGAAAUACUGAAUAAAGAGAUGGAGAAGUUGUGUGAUGCUGAUCUGAAGAGGACAGUGGAUGUGACAGUGGAUGUGACUCUGGGCCCUCAUAUAGCGAAUACCAAACUCAUCCUGUCUGAGGACCGGAAACAAUGGGAUGAGGUCAGUGUCCUAGAUGACCGGGGGAAACUCAUCCGGACCUUUGAGGUCUGCAACAUCAACCAGAACCCCCGUCUCCAGGACAACUGGCUGGCCACACCCUUCCUCUUCCGCUACUCGGCACCACGGGUCUUUGUGACGCUGCGUUUCUCCGUACGGGACUGUGCCAGCCUGCGCUCGCCCUCGCCCUCCUGUCGAGAGACACUCACCCUCUACUACAAACAGGCUGACUCACAGAGAGAGCUGGAGAGGACAUGGGCUGCAGAGCCGUCCAGUGGAGAGAAGGACACGAGGGAGGGCUGGGUGAAGGUUGACACCAUAGCAGCAGAUAAGAGUUUCACCAAGGUGGAGCCCAGCCUGCCUCACCAGUACCAACCAGACCGCUACCGUCGCGUCAACAUCAAGACCCGCAGCUUCGCUCCGCUCACACGCAAUGGAUUCGUCCUGGCUAUCGUCGACAGCGGCGCAUGUGUCUCUCUCAUGGGUGUGUCCAUCUUCUACCGCCGCUGCCCAGCAACCAAUCGCUAUCUUGCUUCCUAUCCGGCCACACCCUCAGGGGCGGAGCCUACCGCCCUGAUCCCUGUGUCUGGGACUUGUGUUCCCCACAGCCAAGCACAGGGAGGCUCCGCCCCUCGCAUGCACUGCAACACAGAAGGUGAAUGGAUGGUGCCGGUGGGUGGGUGCAUCUGUGAAGAGGGAUAUGAGCCCAAUCAAAACAGAUCAGCCUGCUUAGAAUGUCCAGUGGGGUACUUUAAGUCGGUGGUGGGUUCGGUUCCGUGUUCAGUGUGUCCGUCUAACAGCAGAACCAGUCAGGAGGGAUCGCGCGUGUGUGAGUGUCGCAGCGGCUUCUACAGAGCCCCCGCCGACGUCAACUCCUCCGCCUGCACAAGCUCUCCCUCUGCUCCGACCUCUGUCUCCUGGGAGUAUGAGAGUGGUGAUGGUGGGGUGUCUCUGCGCUGGCGCCCUCCACUGGACAUGGGUGGUCGUAGCGAGGUGUGGUAUGGGGUGGUGUGUAGGAUCUGUCCCUCGGCCACCUUCACCGCCCCGGGGGCGUGCUCCUGGUGUGGAGAGGCGGUCACCUUCGCCCCAUCCCAGACGGGCAUCAAGCAGACCAAGGUCACCCUCAACAAUCUGCUCACAAGAGUCACCUACCUUAUACAGGUGCAAGCGGUCAAUGAUGUCUCAGCUCUGAGUCCUUUCCCGCCUCAAUUCACCAGCAUCAAUUUCACUACUAGCCAAUCAGUACCCUCUCUGGUCCCUAGCCUGCACCAGUUGAGUCGAGCCCCAGACUCCAUCACCCUGUCCUGGCCACAGCCUGACAGACCCAAUGGAGACAUACUGGAGUACCAGCUCAGAUACUAUGACAAGGGUUCAGAUGAGGACAGUGCAGUGAGUGUGUUCAGUGAGACCAACACAGUGACCGUCAACUCUCUGGCUCCUGGCUCCAUUUAUGCCUUCCAGAUCAGGGCCCGCAACGAGAGGGGCUAUGGCCCCUACAGUCAUACUGUCUACUUCACUACAUUGGCCCUGGAGGAGAGUUCUAAGCAGAUCCAGAAUCGGCUCCCUCUAUUGGUUGGUUCUGUGAUGGGCGGGGCAGCCUUCCUCCUGGUCGUUGUGGCGAUAGUCGUCGUUUUUGUGUUCCGCGGUAAGAGGAGGGAGAGCCCCUACAGUGACAGACUCCAGAGGUACAUCAGCCACAAAGGGGGGGUGAAGUACUACGUAGACCCUUCCACCUAUGAGGACCCCAGUGAGGCGGUCAAGGAAUUUGCCCGUGAGAUCGACCCCUCUCACCUCAAGAUAGAAGAGGUGAUUGGUGCAGCCCAGUUUGGGGAGGUGUCUCGGGGGCGCUACCGGCCCCUGGGUCGUAGGGAGGUGCUGGUGGCGGUGAAGACGUUGCGCUGGGGCGUGACAGACAGAGAGAAGGCAGUGUUUAUGACCGAGGCGGGGGUGCUGGGACAGUUUGACCACCCCAACGUGCUGAAGCUGGAGGGGGUGGUCACCCACAGCCCACCAGAGAGGAUCAUCACUGAGUUCAUGGAGAAUGGACCACUGGAUGCCUUCCUCAGGGAGAAUGAGGACCAGUUCAGUGUUCUCCAGCUUGUAGGGAUGGUGAGGGGUGUUGGGGCUGGGAUGAGGUACCUCUCUGAGAGGAACUUUGUCCACCGGGACCUGGCUGCCAGGAACGUGCUGGUCAACUCUAACCUGGUGUGUAAGGUGUCUGACUUUGGGCUGUCGCGCCUCAUGAGGGGUCUGGACCAUAACAUGCCCACCUACACUGCCUCACUGGGCAGUAAGAUUCCUGUCAGGUGGACAGCCCCGGAGGCCUUCCAGCAUCGCAAGUUCAGCUCAGCUAGUGAUGUCUGGAGCUUCGGAGUGCUCAUGUGGGAAGUGAUGUCAUAUGGCGAGCGGCCAUACUGGGACAUGAGCAAUCAGGAAGUAAUGAAGGCGGUAGCAGACCAGUACCGUCUCCCAGCCCCCCAUAACUGUCCUCCAGCUCUCCACUCCCUGAUGCUGCAGUGUUGGCAGGCUGAGAGGGGUGACCGGCUAGGCUUCGACUCCCUCCUCUCCUCCCUGGACAGGCUCAUACGACACCCUGCCUCCCUCAAGGCAGAGCAACCCCGCUCCACCCAGCCACUGCUGAGCCCCACCCCCACAGACCUGUCGUCAGUGGCGACGGUCAGUGAGUGGCUGACAGCGUUGAGGAUGGACAGGUAUAAGGACCAGUUUGAGAGGGCACAUCUGGACACACUGGACCGAGUCAGCAGGCUAACCAUGGAGGAUGUGCAGAACCUGGGGGUGAACCUGUUGGGACACCAGAGGAAGAUCACCAAUGCGGCCCAGCAGCUCAGAACCCACCUCACCCAGGGCCAGGUGGAGGUCUAGAACCCACCAAUCACCUGAGAGCUUCACAGGAAGUAACAGAGGUGCACUAUUGAAGCUGUAGUCCAAGGCAAAGCGAGAUCUGGGAGGAAAGUUGCUCAGAAGGAACAGGGAGAUUUGAGGGAGAAAAGUCUGUGUUAUUUCACUUGUUUGCUGUUUACAUUCUCUUUCUCUUUGCCAGUUUCUACCUCUCUUUCUCUCACUCCUCCCAAAUUGUCUCACUACUAUCCCUCUUUCACUCGUAAGUUUCACUACCCUCAAUAAAUUAAAACAGUGAAAAUUAUUUUUUUACCCGAACACAGGGAUCUCCCGUCACAAGCAAUUGCAUAGACAAUCAAAUACUGUUUUCGCUGAUUAAUGUUUAACUGGACUAUGUGUGAUCUGAUUGCCCAUCGAAGUAAGGAAGGCGAUGUUAUGCUUUGUGAGUAUUCUGUGUCUGUUUGUGUUCAUGUGUGUAUGUUGUAUGAGGAGUGUGUGGGG